GUCCACCCCCCCUUCACUGUAAACAGCUGCGCGCGUGCGCGUUUAGUCUCGGGCAAAGAGAGAGAGACCAAAGAAGAACAAACGUAUCGGUACAAUAUAUACACAUAUUUAUAUUUUUAUAUUUUUUAGAGGAAAAGUUUAAAGGAUUUCGAGUGUACAGCAGCAGCAGCAGCAUCAGCAUCAUCAUCAUCAGCAUCGUCUCAUCUCGUCUUUCUGCUCAGCUUCCCAAGACACUAAACUGAGCUGCACUCAUCACUUAUAAGCUAACAGACACUAAACACUACACUCAGAUCAGCUCAGGGUCCCGUUUGAUGUGAUACGAGUGUCUGGUGCUAUCUGACGCUUCGUCAUGGCCUCCAUCUCUAAAACCUCUGAGCUGGACAUCCCAGAUAACUACCAGGAGAGCUGGCAGGCCCUGCUCGCUGCCGCCGAGGUAUACAGCCAGAAAUCAGGCUGCGACCUGGCCAUCCUGACCGCCUGCAAGAAGUUCCUCCUGUCCGGCACAGAGGGAGACGCUGUGAAAAAAGGAGAAGGGGGCGGAGCUAUGACGGCAGGAGGCAGGAAGUGGGAUUACGGUUAUCACGUGUGGGGACAGGGGGCACUCGCCGAGGCGUCACGCCGAUACCUGGAUGACAUUGGCGUGCUCCAUUCCACCACUGUGCUGACGGCGCAGAGACACACCCGCCUCUCCACGGGGGAGGGCGGAGCCAAACUGGGUGUGGACAUUCCAACUGAGAGGCCGACGUCGGUGGGUGAGGGAGGGUCGGGUUCAGUCAGUCCCGGACUGAGGCUGUAUUCUCAGAGCUACCCGUCCAUCUACAGUCCAGCGGCGGUCAGCGUCCUCCCGUCGGUCCAGCAGGGGAACGGAGGGAGAGAAAGAGACAGAGCGGCUCUGGAGGAGGUGGAGAGAGCGAGAGAGAGGGCCGGUAUCGUGGACCUAGAUGAGGAAGAAGAGGAGGAAGAUGGAGAGGAAGACGAUAUGGGCGGACACAGGCGCAAUCUCAACGAGUCGACAGGUGUGUUCUCUAUGGAUGAGGAUUCUCUGUCUCAUGACUGUGAACCCUUUUUCGAGUCGGACGGUGAAGAGGAAAGCACCGACGGUUCUUUGAGUGAGGAAGCUCCUCCUCGAGGCCUGGCUAUGGGUCACUCGGCUCUGUCUCGCGCGUCUCACCACACAGCUCUGGCACGCUCUCUGCCCGUCUCGGUACCUGUGUGGGGCUACAGGAACAACCGCUCGGCGCAGGGCGACCCCAACAGCGGAGAACGAGUCGGUUGUGCGGAUCUUGAUUACAUCGCUGCCAGCAUGAAGGCUCUUUUAGCUCCGGCUGCAACAGACGGAACGGAGAUGUUCGGAGCGCUGCCUCGACCUCGCCUUAACACGGGCGACUUCUCCCUGAAGCACUGACGACGGACGUGUGUGUGUGUGUGAGAGGGUGAGAGAGAGACAGACAGACAGACAGACAGACAGACAGAGAAACAAAUUCUAAGAGACAUAACAAGAAAGGAGACACGUGGGAACGAACUGGGAUGUAAAUACGACCCGGACUUUUUGUUCUGUAGACUCUUAAGACAGAAACUUUCUCUCUCUCUCUCUCUCUCUCUCUCUCUCUCUCUCUCUCUCUCUCUCUCUCUCUCUCUCUCUCUCUCUCUCUCUUUCUCUCUCUCUCUCUCUCUCUCUUUCUCUCUCUCUCUCUCUCUCUCUUUUUUUUUUUUUGUUUAAAAGAAGGCAGAAAGAAAAGACCAAGUUUGAGUGUACAGAUAUUUCAGACCGGAACAGGGUCGGAGCAGUUCUGGGAUCAGUGUUCGCCUUCUGUACGCCGUAUUUGAAUGUAGCUGGAGCUGAUCCUGGAUCGGGGGUGGGGGGUGGGGGGGACCUUUUGUUCACAAGGACGUUUUUCACAUCACAUCUCACUCUGGUGUGUGUUUCAGUCACGCUAAUGACGUAGAGCUCGGCGAUAUCGACAUACGUUACUAAUGUCAUCUCAUUACCUUUAUAAGUGUUCAUAUCAUCGUGUGUUAGUGGCUUAUGAACUUUUUAAUAAACCACACUUUAGAUCUUUUUUUUACAACAUUGCGUUCAUAUCUCUAUCAUCAGAUCAUCUUCAGGCAUGGCGGUGAGAUAUUUCCUGACAUAUCGCCUCACUGAUUAUAUAUAAAUAUUCAUGACUUUCAGGGGGCGGAGCUUUAACCUCAGGCACCGCCCACAAUAAAUCAGUGACGUGUUUUUUCUUUUUUUUUCUUUUUCUUUUGCCUCACCAAAAAAUGUCCUUGUGAACUCGGGCACAGAGAAGGCAGGUGGGACUUUUCACGCUUUACUUAUCCGAACGUGAACGCGGAACGAUGACGAGUCUGAUGCGUUUGACACCGAGGACGUCCACAUCGAAAUCUUAAGUGUGAGCGUCUCUCGUAGAUGUUACAGACGUGCAUCUGGGAAAAGGAAUAAAUCAAAAAGAGCUUUUAUUUACCGUUCUUGCUACAGGCGUAGCUAGCACACAUGCUAGUCUUGCUAGCAAUGAAACCCGUUUAUGAAAAAAAGAUCAUUAGUGUAACGUUAGCUGGAUGUUCGCUCGCAUCGUAGUCAUCUCGGAUCUCGUCGUCCAACCACUCGCUUUCGGUCACGUGACAUUUCAAGCUGUCGUAUGCGAGAAACACUAAUAUUGGACACGUGGCGCCUUCAUAGCUGUAGCUGAUGCUGAAUGAAGCUAAUUUACACACCGAUGCUGAUCCGGAGGGAGAAAGAGAGAGAGACGAGACGGGAGGUUAAUAAACACUACGUUCUUUAGGAAGCGACACUAUGCUACUUUUCUUUGAAGUGAUUUAUUAUUUUUUUUUUGCUAACACGUUAACGGUAGUGUAGCGUCUGGGUUACGACCGUCGGAGACGACGAUGACGGCGAUGUCACUCUUGCACAUUUCACACCAUGUGUUCAGUGUUUAAACAAAUGUUUUCAAUAAAACUGAUCGUUUGUUGUUGAACAAAAAAAA